GCCCCAUCUAAUUCAUUACUAAUUCAUUGAAAAUGUCAUUCACAAACGAAGACGCGUACAAAGAGUACGCUGCCCUGGAGGAGCGUCCUACCAAUGUAGAGCCCUGGACCAAGAAUAAAGACGGCGAGAUCGAAAUUGCUCCUGGAGAACUCUUCUGCCGCUUUAACAUGGCUGAGAACGACUUCGAUGAGGUUGAGCUCUGCCCGCGCAAUACACGAUACUCCCACAACGGCAACCUGCGCGCUCACGUCAAGAUCCACAAGGUGAAGGUGGCUAGGGUUCGUCCGGGUACCUUGAGCAUGAUGGAGCUUCGCCAGGUGAAUAAGUUCUAUAAGGAUUUGAUGGCCCGGUAUAACCGCCCUUAUAAUCCUGAGGCGGAGGAUGCGGUCGAGGUUCCUACUACACCGGUCAAGGGCCCUCCUACUCCUGUUCCCAAGACUCGUCGUCCUAGGGUGCCUCUCAUCAAGACUGGGAAGAACAAGGGCAGGGUCAAUCUUACUCAGGCUCGGCUUCUCUCUGGAGUUGUUGGAAGGCGCUGCGCUGCUUGUGUUAAAGCCAAGCGAACUGGUAAGUUCUCAGGUUGUGAAGAAGCAGUUCUGUGUUGAUUUGAAGAGGCAUAAGGCCCGUAUAUAUAGCCUAUGAAAGGGGGGGGGGUACUCCCCUGUUCCCCCUUGUUACGGAUAUGGAAGGAUGUAACGCCACUGACACGCUAGUAGUGGCAACCUGAGUUAAGUAGUAAGAUAUAAUGUAUUCCUAAUGCAUUACUAAUAGAUUAUCAGUCUGCCCUGACCCUGGCGACGUCACUACCUGCAC